UUGGGACGUCGAAAGUCGAAAAGAAUUUUUUUUUUUAAAAAGAAAAAUAUAGAACCGUUGUUUUUUUUUUUUAACUGCCCAUUCUGCAAUCAUGAUUUAAUUUUUUUUUUUCGAAAUACAGCUAAAGUGACUUGCAGAGUUUGCCUCGAAGAUUUUCAAACAAGCAUAAAUUUUCUAUCUGAGCCAAUAGAUGUUUAUAACGAUUUUUUUUUUUUUUGCGAAACAGCAAACUAA